GUCCUAGAGACUUGUCUUUGGACGAGAUAAAGCUUUCUAUGUUUGUAUUCCAUCAUGGUCAACGUUUGUUUCAAGGGCCGCAAACAGGAUGCCCCCAUCAUUCUCAAUGGUUCGUUCGUUCGUUUGAGAAGCUAAAGUGGUGGGUUGAACUGAACAGCCUCAUGUACAAAUGACUCUGAUACUAGUCCAUAACUCUGUUUACUUUCCAUCGGGUCCGUUAAGCUUCAUUUUCGUCCUUCUCUUAUCUCGAACGGACGGUUGCGGUUUCCGCUUCGCUAAACUAGACCCCCGCCUUUUGACGGACUUUUGGAAACUCCGGAUCGGGCUUUCUGAUAGACUCAUAGGAGCCGUAGGUAACACAACCCGUAUUCCGUCCAAAGACGGCUGAUACUCUGCGGAGCUGAGAUCGGGAAUCGUGUGGCUGCUGUCAAGUGAUGAUCGGACUACCCUAAGGCGCUCCAAGAGGAACUUACCGGGCAGGCUAUAAUUGCUCGGACUACUGAGAAACGUCGUUCCGAGUUCUCCCGGCUAAUCCUUGAUGUGUCUGCGGCUCUAAUAGAAUGCGUUGUGGCCCAAUAUUUGACAUGUAAGAAGCUUCCUUCACGGGAACAUCUCUGCGAUCUUUGCCAGGUCUAUAAGCAACACUGUCACUGGAUCAAGCUUCGAGGAAGGGGGGG